UGUCAUGUUGUAGGGGGAAUUGUCUGCGCUGCGUAACCAGAAAUCAUUUUGAAUUACAGGAUAACCAGACCAAAGCAACGUAAAACACGUGGACUAAAACAUCACGUUUGCAACUAACUUGACCAAGAAUGCCGACAGACACUAAAAGGGUACAAGGCCCAGAAGUAUCUCAAAGUCCGUAUAUCUUCUGCCUAUCGCCUCCAAAGCGUCCCAUUGCCGAUUCUCGGAUAGAUGGGAGGCAACGAGGCCAAGUGGACGUCCGACCCGUGUUUGUCCGCUGCGGGCUGGUCAGUCAAGCAAAAGGGUCAGCCUACAUAGAAGCGGGGAACUCAAAACUGAUGUGCUGUGUCUACGGGCCCAAGGAAAUUGAACGAAAGGACGAGCUAGAUAUGAAAUGCGGGAGAAUGAUGACUGACAUGAGAUUUGCCCCGUUCUCCUGUAGGGAGAGGGGGUCGUGGAUCCAGGGCAGUGAAGAGAAAGACCUGUCGCUGAUGCUACUAGAAAGCCUGAAGCCAGGGGUGCGCCUCCACAAGUACCCCCGUUCCCAGAUCGAGGUGAACGUAAUGGUGCUGGAAAAUGACGGUUCAGUCUUGGCUCACGCCGUCACGUGUGCAUCCCUCGCACUAGCGGAUGCUGGUAUCGAGAUGUACGACCUGGUCCUUGGGUGCUCUAUCCAACAGGACGGCGCCACCUACCUGAUAGACCCCACUUGUGUAGAGGAGAGCAGCAGCACUGUGUCUUUGGGAAGCGGUGAAAACCAAGGCAACCUUACCGUUGCUUUCCUCCCUAGCCUAAACCAGAUAUCGGGUUUGCAGUCGGACGGCGAGAUGGACGAAGAGACACUGACUUCCGGAGUCCGCAUCUGCAUCGAGGGUUGCUUUAAAUUGUACCCAGUCAUCCAGCAAGCUUUGUCCAGAGCUGUGAGGAGGAAAGCCCCCCCACCAGAGAGUUGAGACUGAGUUUCUUUAACCCAAUCCAAUGCAUACUGUUUUCAUGCUAUAUUGGUUGUCAGUGAUUAAGUUGAUAUGUAAAUUCUUUAUUAAAAAAGUAAAACAA